GAAUUCGCCACCCUUCGCGACAAGUAAGGGCAAACAUGCUCAAUGGAAAUGCCGUUGAAGGUGCUUGGCAUCCAUGAAGAGCAGUAACUAACGAAUCACUCUUGCUUACUUCUGUUCCUAGAAUGUACAACGAGAGAAUGUUGGAGCUGGAUAGGGAAGUGGAGAUGAUCAAUGAUGGCACACAUCCAGAGCUUUCGACAUUGAUGAGGGAGAUUGAAGAAAAGCGCGAACACCGGCUUAGAAUCGCCAAAGCCUGGUUGAUGCAUACAGGAAAGAUUGUGCAGUGCGAGUUUGAGAGCAAGGAGCAUCAGGCCCAUUGCACCUAUCAGUCCAAGAAGCGCGAGUUGCGCAAGGACAUCACAACGGAGCUGGGCAAGCGAAAGCAGAAAGCGAUAGUAGAGAUGGCAUUAUCGUCUGACGUCCGCAGGAAGAACAUGGUCGCCGAUAAAUUGUCCUUGGUCCGUGCGCGGAGACACCGCAGAGUCGAGGCGAGCGAGUUGCGGAGUAUCGAGGAACGAUAUGGUUUCCCUGCCACGACGAAGCUGCGAAUGAUCUCGACGACGGAGCUAGAUGAGGAUUUAAGAGCCCUGGGAUUACCAGGGCCGGCAUUGCAAUCCAACACAACAGAAUAUGGACUUAAACCCUAUGGACGGAUAUUGGCCACCUCAUCAUCGCCACGGCCUAGUUCUGGUACUUCGAGAUGGAGCGUCUCUUCAGAAUACUUGCCAUCUUCUGAGGUGGAAGUUUUUGUGGAUGGCAACCACUGCAAGGUCGAUGGGACCUGGUACAAGCCGAACGAUUAUGUUGCUGUUCUGGAUGCGGCCAUUGGACAGUACAAUGCCAAGUACCUCUUUAUUGUCAAUGAUGAGAUCAUGUUGCAAAAGAUGGAUGGAUCGAAGAUGCGGUUGCAUCUGAACCUCUUCCGGGGGAAAAAGCUGUACAUGCAACCCCGGCCUUGAAGGCUGACUGCCUUGUCGUCAGUCAUUUCUCAAGCUAACGACGACCUGGACUACGUACGCAGUUUCAUUUGCACGCACACUGUCAUUCAUGAACAAUAAACAACUAAUCGCAGCAGCAUAAAGAAAAUCCAUGCUCGC